AUCACUGGACUUUCUUCCAUAUGUGUUCAAAUGUUUCCCUGAUCUGGAUUUCUGCGUCAUCACGUUACCGACUUAUUCCGCAUCGUUUCCAUUGCUGCAGAGCUUCGUCCGGGUGCCGCCACGUGCCAACAGCGCUUUGGUGAACGAACUCUACAUUUUCCACCGUGUCGGGCUGAGGCCUGUGGAGGUGAGACCGGCUGUGGCCGCAGACCGACCUGCUGUCUCCACUCUGGUCGAGGGUCUGACACUGAGCGAGUCCCUGCUGGAGGACCUGGACUGUUUCUACCAGAGCCGCAGUGACCCAGACGGGCUGAAGCUGCAGGCCUUCGUGGCUCAGGUGGGCGUGGAGGUCGUGGGGAUUGUGAUCAUCGGAGACGAACAGGAAAUCGAGUUCAUCCGCGCCCACUACAACAUCGAGAGCUUCAUCUAUUUCAGCCACCACAGCUCCGAGGAGCACGCUCGGAUUCGCCACUUUGUCCUCAAACCGUCCUUCCAGCACUUCACCAAACACGUGUUUAAAGACGUCCUGCGCCUGUCUCACAGAUCCUGCCUGUACCACCGACUCUACCCCCCACACCACAUCCAGCAGAAUUCCUGCGUCCACCAUCUGGAUUUUGUCCUCAACUGUGCGGUUCCCGUCCGUCCACGACGCCAGAUCAUCUACCCGCUGGAGGAGCUUGGCAUCAACGCCCCGUCCAGCCGGAUCACAGAGGAGCAGGCACCGUUCGCUCUCUACCUCAUCAGCAGAAAGUUAACCUUGGAGCCAAAGGUCACCAUUAAUGCCCAGAUCGUGGUGGUGGGGGCGUCUGACACGGGUUUAUCUUUCCUCGAGGUGCUCUGCCUGUGCCCUCACCUGAGGUUCAACAACCUGACCCUGAUCUCAACCCACGGUUUCCCCGGCGACUACGACCACGAGGACGUCGGAUUUCUGUCCACAAGUCAUGCAUACAGCAGCCGAAACUUGGCCCAGCUCCCUCUGCGUUCCUGCGUCAGAGUGGUGACCGGCAAGAUGGUGGGCAUCAAGAGGGAAUCCCAACACGUGCUGGUGUCUGGAGGUGUGAAGGUGCCGUAUGACUACCUCAUCCUCUGCACAGGCCUCCAGUACCGGGUGCCCUGUCCCACUGGAGUGGAUCUGAACCAGCCCGUCACAAAAGGCGAGUUGCAGAAUCAGGCCGCUCGCCGCAGAUACACCGGGCCCGUUCCCUCCAACCUCUUCACCCUCAACGACCUCCACGACUGCAUGGCUGCUCGCCAAUGGCUCUGUGCCAACUUUGUGGAUCUGGAGGAUAAUGCUGUUGUGUAUGGAAACAAUAUUGACGCCUACACCACAGUGGAGACUUUGCUCAGCCUCGGUGUCCGUGGAUCUCGUAUCCACGUCGUCCUCCCACCUCCUGAACCCGGCGUCUCCUGCUUCAGUGACCCGGCCGUGGAGAAAGCUGUGGCGACGGCCGUGGAGAAGGCCGGCGUCCAGGUCCACAGUAACUGCGUGCUGGCCCAGAUGAACAACGGCGAACACCCGGACCCCCUCACAUCCGUGACGUUCACCACCGACGCAGAGCCCCUCCACCUGCAGUGUGCUGUGUUCAUCAACCUUUCCAAUAAAAGAGUCGACCACGACGCCUUCUGCAGCAUCAGUCGCUCCUUCCUGGUCUUCGACAGCAGACUCGUCAUCAAUUCCUCUUUCCUCACCAACGACUCGGCCAUCUACGGAGCCGGACCUGUCACCAAAUUCUCCCGUCGUUACCACUCAGACGAGAUGUGUCACGCCAACUUCAACUCCAAGGAAGUGGGCCAGGAGCUGGCUGCCGCGCUGCUUCAGCUGAUCGACCCGACGCAGGAGCGAGUGAACACACUUCCAUCUGACAUGGAUCGUCUGGUGCCGCUGUACAAACAGGCCAAGAUUCAAGGUGGGAAGCUGCCGGGAGGAUUCAACUACCUGCACGUUACUGAACCAGCUGCCAUCAAACCGACGCAUCCUCCUCUUGAUCAUCUGGAGGACAGACGGAUUGUGACCGGACGAGUGGAGACGGGGAAUUACUUCUGUUUGCACCUCGACUGCUUCGGGCAGGUGGGGACGAUCACCUGCUUCUCUCUGAAGUCCCUCCCUGUCUCCAAUUACCUGACCCUGUAUGGGAAACCCCAGCACAUGCUGGGCCAGAUGUUGAGCCGCUACCACCAGGGCCUGAUCCCUGACCUGUACAGUUUCCUCAGGCGGAGCCAGUUUUUAGCCGUUUAUCACGACAGAUUCUCUGACUUCCAUCAGGAGCUUCAGCAGAAAAUGUCAAAUACCCUGACGGACGAGGAGAAUCAGGUGGUUCUGAGAAGCUGCAUAGUGAAAUAUCUGAGCUACAACGCCAACCUGCUGCCCAUGUUCGCCUGUGGGGGACAAGUGGGACAACACAACUGACCCAACAGCUCACAAACCGAACACACACUGUCACACCCACCAGCGUGCUGUGUCCUGCAAUGUUGCACAAAGGAACAAAAUUUUAAAAAAUGGAUAAAGUCACUGAAACUUUUAUAUUUGACCAAUUCUUAGGAUUUUUCCUUGAAUGUAAAGAUUUGAACUUUUCCAGGAGUUGAA